AAUUGGCAACACGCCAUAUCGAAUCGCUGCACCCCUACUUUCGUUUUAACAAGGAAGUAUAAGACAAUAUUCCCGGUCAAGGGACAUAGACAUACCUGUAUCACACGACUCGAGGCAGUGUUGCAAGAUGCCGUAUCCCUGUCCUGGCAUACGUGUAGUGAGAGGACCCGGAUGGAGCGGCAAGGACCAAGAUGGCGGCGAUGGCCACGUGGGUACCGUCCUGAAUGUAGACUCGACCAAGGGUCGCGUGACUGUACUUUGGGACACCGGCAGAGAGUUUCAGUACAACGCUGGCUACAAUGACAAGUUUGAUUUGCUUGUUUUUGACUCAGGACCAACAGCCGUUCAACAAAAGGGUGUCGUGUGUGACGGGUGUCGGGAGGAAGAUAUUGCAGGCAUUCGUUGGAAGUGUUCCAAAUGUACAGACUUUGACCUUUGCACUUUGUGCUAUAUGGAAGAAAGGCAUGACGUCACACACGCAUUUCUGCGCAGUCUCACUCGCACGUCGCCUGUAGUGCGAGUUCCGCCAAGAGCAGGCACGGCGCGAACCCAGGCUAAAGGAAUGUUCAAGGGUGCCACCGUCAUCCGGGGACUUCACUGGCGAUACGGGGACCAGGAUGGCGGGGACGGGACGGUGGGGGAGAUCGUCACGCUGGGCACCUACACUGGAGGCUGUGUCCGAGGAGCGGUAAAUGUCCGGUGGCAGAAGUCUCAGGACAACCUCUGUGGCUACAGGGUAGGAGCGGGUGGACAGGUUGCCCUCACUGUGAUCGCAGAGUCAAAUGGGUGGAAAUACUACAAAGAACAUUUACCCGUCCUAGACGUACUGCAUCCUGAGACUGUGCGCUUCCAAAAAGGGGAUAAGGUCCGAGUCCAUGUUGAUCUGGAGACAUUCACCAGUGUCCAAAGGGACCACAUCGGCUACAGAGAUGACAUGAAGAGGUGCCUGGAUGACGUGGGUACAGUUGUUCGCCCCUCCGAGGAAGGGAAGGCGUAUGUGCGCGUGCAGUACGAAGAUGCGGAGAUAUGGCCUCUCAUGUCCAACUCUAUCGCUAAGGUGCAUUCGUUUGAGGUUGGUGACAUCGUGAAGACCACGUCCAACUACAACUCGGCGGUGCAGCUCCAGGUGGGACAUGGCGGCUGGACGGACCAGAUGGAAGACAGCCUCGGCAAACAAGGGGAGGUGAUUUCCAUCGAGAGUGAUUGUGAUCUGAAGGUCAAGGUCGACGGCCGGACCUGGGUCUUCAAUCCAGUCAGCUGUACCUUCAUGGACAAGAAAGCUCCCCCAGUAGUUAGUCCACCCAGCUCUGACAACAGGCCAACAACAACCACUCCGACAUCAUCCAAGCGGACAACAUCCUCAGGUGGUGGAGACAUAGUUGACCUCCUGGCCAAACUGCGCGUCUCCCUGUCUCAGACGUCCUCCAAACAACUUAUUGCAGCUGCCAGAGACGGAGAUGAGGACAAAGUCAAAGCAGUCCUCCGAUCUCUGGACAAAUCCAAGAUUGAUGACGACACGGAGGGGUGACUGCUUUGCACACGGCUUGCUUCUGGGGUCACCUGGAGAUCGUGACGUCACUUCUGAGUGCCGGAAGUGAUAAGAAUCGGGUCAGCAAAGAUGGCAAUACUGCUCUGCACUAUGCUGUGUCAAGUGACCAUAAAGAUGUGGUGGAAGCGCUGGUCAAAGCAAAGGCCGACCUUGACAUCAAAAACAGCAAGGCCGUGACCCCGCUACACCUAGCUGUCGUCAAGGAGGUCCCAAGUGCAGCCUGCGCCACCAUCCUCAUCAAACACGGGAGUGAUCCCAAUACCCAGGACGGGGAGGGAGACACGCCCCUCCACGACGCCAUUACCAUUCAGGACAAGGACCUAGUGGAUGUCCUCCUCCAGUGUCGGAACAUCAACCUCCAGCUGUGCAACACCCAGGGCCUGAACCCCUUCCAUCAGGCCUGCCUCAGUUUGUCUGGGGACGUAGAAAUCCCUCGCCAGCUGAUACAGAAAGACCCUGCUGUAGUGAACUCAACGAUACGUCGGGGACAACUCUCUCCUCUUCAUAUUGCUGUCGUGAAUGAAUUUGUUGGACUUGCCGGUUUUCUCAUCAGUGCUAACGCCGAUGUGAAUGCCCGUGACGAGAAUGG